GGGAUAUAACGGAGCGGGGGGGACCAGUGGAAGGAUGGCAGUCAUUCAAUGAGAUACAAUUCUUUCCCAUAGUCUUCUAUCCAUGGCCAGUAAUACUACUACGGGCCUGAUGCCGUUCCCCGAUGAUGCCGCUGCGGCAGCACAAGACUAUGAGCAGCGAAGGAGGGUCCAGAAUCGUCUGGCACAGCGGAGAUUUCGUAUGUUUGCGGUCGCAUCGCCAGCCUAUUCAUUCAUUUACCUUAGUUUGACUUUUCUUGAUCCUCGCUAAUUGUAUAUAGGCGAGAAAGCAAGGCAACAAAGGGAAUUGAGUCGGCUCGCUUCUCAG